GAAAACAAUCAUCAUAGCAGUAGACUCUCUGGCACAGUUUGUAAAACAAUGGCCUCUUUGAAAGUCAACGAUUUCGUUAAGUUUUUAGUUACCACGGGCAUUCACAGGGCUGGAACGGUCCGUGCAAUGGCCACGUUUGCUGGGGAAUUUGGCAGCGGUUCCGGAAAGGGAGGAGGAUCCGGCGGUUCGAUCCGCGACGCUGGCGGUGCAAUGGGAAAACGAGAAGCUGUUCAGGAGGAACAAUACUUCAGGAAAAAACAAGCUGAACAACUGGCUGCUCUUCAUGACCACCUUGAAGACGAGAUCCGCCAACACGAGGUGCAAAUCAAGCUACAUGAGGAAGCCAUUAAGAGGAGCAAGGCCAAACUGGAAGCCUCGAAAAGGAGCACAGACUAAUGGCUCAAAAGCUGAUUGGGAAAAGGCGUUCAGAUCGGGUCCAACUUAUCCCAAUAAUGUGCAUGGCGCUUGUUCUAGAAACUACACGAAGCCGGAGAGCCCCAUACAGUAGAAACUAGUGAAGUCGAUCUUAUCAACGAAGACCUAUGAUAUAUAACGGUGGAAGUAAAUAUUAUGAUGAUUCUGACAAGAAAUCUGAUACUGUAUCAAUAAAAGAAUCUUCAAGGUAGUUGA